AUGUACUACAGGUCUGCACCAAGUACAGCAGUGCAAAGUUUGAUUCAGGAGCUCGUUGUUAAUGAUGGAUCUGCAACAUAUCUUCAGGUACCCAGUGAGACUUUAACAGAAGAGGACGUGAACGUGGCAUUGGGAGGAAAAGCUACACAGUCAAGCACACACAACUUGUGGUAUGCAGAAAAUGCAAUUGAUGGCAUUAAAAACAACUGGACAAAGUGUUCCUCCACCGGUUACGGGACGAGCCCAUUCUGGAGGCUGGAUCUGCAGGAAAUCUACAGAGUUUACAGGGUGGUCGUGACCAACAGAAUCGACUGCUGUGAAACCGACAUCAACGGAACAGAGAUUCGUAUCGGAAACUCUUUGGAGAACAGCGGAAACAACAAUCCCAGAUGUGUCAUCAUUCACAAUAUUCGACGUGGUCAGCCCUACUCAUUCUCAUGCAAUGGGAUGGUGGGGCGUUUCGUGAACCUAAUGAUCCCUGGACCCGAAAAGGUCCUGACUUUGUGUGAGGUGGAGGUCUAUGGGACAGUGUUUAUGUCAAGCAGAUCAUCGGUAAAGAUAAAUCUUCAGUCCAGUGCAGAUCUGACUGACCCUGAAAUCAGAGACAAACUGCUGGAAAAGCUGGCAUCUGCACUGAAGAUUUCUGUGAAUGUGAGCUGGAUUCAGCCUCCAGUGGAAGACAGCACUGAACCUCCAGCAGACACGCAAUGCCCUUGAAGGUCUUCUGGAAUUUUCUUCAUGCAAAUAUGCCUCACAUCACUUCAUCAUCCAGCAGACGCUCAUGGAUAAAUAAAUUCAAUAUAAAUCAUAUACAGAAAUCAACUCAUGACUCAUUUAACAUGACAUUUUUUGUACAUUUUAGAACACAGCAAUGAUUUGUGUUUAAUAAUUGUGAGCACAAAAGCAGUAUCUUAGUAAGAAUAGCCAAAAAUAA